AUGCUUGGCAAUGUGGCAGAUGGACGGAUCAACAGGGUAACGAAGGUGCAGAAGACCACCGUGUCCCGGAACAGCGAAUACCAUGUUGACACGAUGACACUCACCGCGAAUGACCCAACCCAUGCCACGACCUUGCCAAGCGAGGACGUGCUGGCACAGGCUUGGCACCGUUUCGAGGCUUCGUGCGUGAGUUUAGAGCUGAGAGCGGGUGCGCGGCUGAGCAGUGGUGCACCGUGCCGGACGAAGACCGUUCUUUUCUUCGGAUGCACGAAGCGAGAUGAGGAUUUCAUUUACAAGGAGGAGCUUUGCGAGGCUGUGGAAAUGAAGCCGCCGGCACUCAAGGAGUUGAUAACUGCAUUUUCUCGCGAGCAGAAGGAGAAGGUGUAUGUACAGCACAAGCUGAAGGAGAAGUCAGCAGAGGUGAAACAGAUGAUAGCAGACGGUGGCUACAUCUACGUAUGUGGCGCCACCAGCAUGGGCAAGCAGGUUCGCGACGAGCUAGAGCUUGCGCUGGGCAGCGCAGAUUACCUUGAAAGGCUAAAGACAGAGCAGCGUUAUGUGGAAGAGCUGUGGUGA